UUAAAAUCUUAAAAAGAUACGUUAAAUCUAGAGGAAAAGCUAGUAGUGUAAAUGAUAUAUUUAUGUAUCGUUAAUACAAGUAAAAACAUCCUACUUAACAUGUUGUUCCGGUCUGUUCAUAUUGUGGCUAGGUUCAGCAACUCCACGAGCACUUCGGUUGCUCGAUUUUUCUAUUCUCCUUCCCUUCUUCGUCGUGGUUGGUCUUUUAGAGCUUCUUUUAUAUCUCGUUGUUGUUCUUCUGUGUGCGUUCGGUCUGAUAUUGAUGUGGCUCGAGACUCGGUGGUGAAGAUCUUUUCCUUUUCUAGAGAGCCAAAUGUUGUUCAACCUUGGCAAACAACUGAGAAAGAAUACUCAAGCUCUGGAUUUGUAAUAUCCGGAAGGAGGAUUCUUACAAACUCUCAUGUUGCGGGUGAUCACCCAUACGUGCAAGUGAGAAAGCAUGGUUCAUCCACUAAGUACAAAGCAGAAGUUAAAGCGCAUGGAUAUGGAUGUGACUUAGCUAUUUUAAGCAUUAAUAGUGAAGAGUUUUGGGAGGAUAUGAAUCCUUUGGAGCUCGGAGACAUACCUUUUAUUGGUGAAACUGUCUACGCUUUAGGUUAUCCUCGUGGUGGUGAUAGCAUAUCGGUCACAAAAGGUAUUGUAACGAGAGUUGAACCUCAAACGUAUUCUCACAGCUCCAUUGGAAUAUUAACGAUACAAACAGAUGCGGCUAUUAACGAUGGAAAUAAUGGUGGUCCGGUGGUCAUGGACAACAAAGUUGCUGGUGUGGUAUAUGAAAAUCUUUUUUGUGGUUUUGUGUGCAGCUAUAUAAUACCAACUCCAAUAAUUAAGCAUUUUUUAACUGCUGUUGAAGAAACCGGUCAAUACAUUGGUUUAUGUUCUCUGGAUAUAUCAUAUCAAUCUAUGGAGAAUGAUUAUAUACGUAAACACUUCAAAAUGAGUACUGAAAUGACAGGAGUUCUUAUAAACGAAAUAAAUCUGCUGUCAAGUGCUCAAGGAAUUCUGAAAAAAGAUGAUGUCAUUCUAGCAAUUGAUGGUGUUCCUAUUGGAAAUGAUGAGACAAUUCCUUUUCGGAAAAAAGAAAGGAUCAAUUUCGAACAUUUGGUUACUAUAAAGAAAUCAGGUGAAACAGUCUUACUUAAAGUCUUAAGAAAGGGAAAAGAACACGAGUUCAAUAUCAUUGUAAGACAUGAUCAGCCGCUGGUUCCGGACCGACAUCUUCCAAGUUAUUACAUACUUGCGGGUUUUGUCUUUGUGCCUCUCACUAAGCCAUACAUUAGUAAAUCUUGUAAAAUAUGUGAAUGUUCAUCAAACAGAAAGGCCAAAAAGGCUGGUGAACAGAUUGUUAUAAUUUCACAGGUCUUAUUGAAUGACAUAACCACAGGAUAUCGUGAUUUCAAAGAUUUGCAGGUGAAGAAUGUGAACGGAGUGGAAGUGUUGAAUCUCAGACACCUAAGUGAGCUCAUUGAGAAGUGUUGUGAAGAAGAUUUGAGGUUGGAUUUAGAAAACGGACGAGUUAUUUCCUUGAACUAUACAUCUGCAAAAGAAGCUACUUCUUGGAUCUUGGAACAUCACGGAAUACCAUCGGCCAUGUCCAAGGAUCUUAAGAUAGAAUCCAGUCAAUUAGGUUCCUCAGAAGCUGCUUUGACAACCCAAUAAUCACUCUUAUAUAUCGCUAAUGAGAUCGAAUUUU